UGUCUAGAAACUGCGUCUUUUUCCCGAGACACCGAAGAAAGUGUUGUCGCCGUACCACUCACGGAUUCGAAACCGGAAGUCUCUGAAAAGAAACCCGAAGACCUUGCGAAUACCACUACUGUCGUUACGGUUGCUUCAGUCCCACUGGUACCCGAAACAAAGGCUGCUGAAUCUAAAGAAAAGAGCAUCUCUCCUAUACAACCUAGUCCUAAGAUCUCCCGCACCGAGGAAGCCGGUACAACGGUGACAAGUGGUCGAUCCUCUCGAGUUGUUCGUCCAUCUUCUCGUUUCGUUAAUCCAGACUUUGUCUCGCCAAUACGACGAAGGAAGUCUAGCACCUCGACAGGGCCCAAAGUUGAGCAUGUACCGAAAAGGAAAGAAUCAAAAGCUGCUACCACAACACCUACUCCGUCAAUUGAAACCGUAGUGCCGCCCGUAGAAAAGCCUGAAUAUAUCAGUCCUACUGCUGCAUCUCAACCUCCGGAAGAACCUACUCCCACAGUGCGAUCCCUGAAGAAAGCACGGCCGAUCAAAAUCAAGCUUAGACUCGGUUGCUUCCCAAGAGUUAUCGCUGUUAACACAGGCAGCGACGUCAAAGCAGAUGAGCCAGAGGCAAGCAAGGUUGGUUUCGAAAGUUAGAU